AUGGAAGGCGACGUCGUUUCCAUGGAUACCAGUCAGGCUGCUGCCCUGGGUCCUGAGGGAAAGGGCCUGCCGGUGAGUGGAGAGGCCCUGAUGCAAGGGACGGCGAUGGCGCCACAGGGGGAGGUGGCCGGUAACAUGGAGAUGAUGGUGAUGGAUGCUCUUGAUCCAACUUUGCUGCAAAUGAAGACAGAGGUGUUAGAGGGCGGCAGCACGAUUGUUACUGGUGGAGAUGAGGGUCAGAUCAUCACACUCCAGGUGGUGAAUAUGGAAGAGCAGGCAGGUGCUGCAUUAGGCCUGGGUCAGCUUCAGCUGGUGCAGGUACCUGUCACAACAGCAACUGUGGAGGGACUCCAGGCCACUUAUGUUGAUGGAUCAGGUAACAAGGAUGCCGAGCCAGUGAUCUGUCACACUCUUCCUCUGCCCGAAGGCUUCCAGGUGGUGAAGGUGGGAGCCAAUGGUGAAGUGGAGACUGUGGAGCAGGAGGAGCUCCAGGCAGCUCAUGAGGAGCUUCAGGGAACAAGAGCAGAUGUGGACGAGGACGAAGAAGAGCCAGCUGAAGUAGAACCCCCCGAGCCUCAACAAGAAGACCCAGAAUGGUCUAAGGAUCCAGACUACCAACCCAUCACCGCUGUCCGUAAAGGAAAGAAGGGAAAGAAGAGUCGUCUGCGAUAUGCAGGGGGAGAUCGUGACAUGGAUGUCUCAGUGUAUGACUUUGAAGAAGAGCAGCAGGAGGGGCUGCUCUCAGAGGUGAAUGCUGAGAAGGUUGUGGGCAACAUGAAGCCACCAAAGCCCACCAAGAUCAAGAAAAAAGGUGUGAAGAAGACCUUCCAGUGUGAGCUGUGUAGCUACACCUGCCCAAGGCGCUCCAACUUGGACCGACACAUGAAGAGCCACACCGAUGAGAGGCCACACAAAUGCCACUUGUGUGGAAGAGCCUUCAGGACAGUCACGCUGCUGAGAAACCACCUGAACACACACACAGGUACUCGGCCACAUAAAUGCACAGAUUGUGACAUGGCAUUUGUGACCAGUGGUGAGUUGGUGCGUCACCGUCGCUACAAACACACACAUGAGAAGCCCUUCAAGUGCUCUAUGUGUGAUUAUUCCAGUGUGGAGGUGAGCAAAUUAAAAAGGCACAUUCGCUCACAUACUGGGGAGCGACCCUUCCAGUGCAGCCUGUGCAGCUAUGCCAGCAGAGAUACUUACAAGCUGAAGAGACACAUGAGGACACAUUCAGGUGAGAAGCCAUACGAGUGCUACAUCUGCCACGCUCGUUUCACACAGAGCGGCACCAUGAAGAUGCACAUCCUGCAGAAACACACAGAGAACGUGGCCAAGUUCCACUGCCCACACUGUGAUACUGUCAUUGCACGCAAGAGUGACCUUGGCGUUCACUUGAGGAAGCAGCACUCUUUCAUUGAGACCGGAAAGAAGUGUCGUUACUGUGAUGCUGUGUUUCAUGAGCGCUAUGCUCUCAUCCAGCACCAGAAAACUCACAAGAAUGAAAAACGUUUCAAGUGUGACCAGUGUGACUACUGCUGCAGACAGGAACGACACAUGAUCAUGCACAAGCGCACACACACAGGGGAGAAGCCAUUUGCUUGUAGCCAGUGUGAGAAAACCUUCCGGCAGAAGCAGCUUCUGGACAUGCACUUCAAGCGCUACCAUGAUCCCAACUUUAUCCCCACUGCCUUUGUCUGCAGCAAGUGCAGCAAGACAUUCACCCGCAGGAACACCAUGCUGCGUCACGCUGACAACUGCACAGGUGAUGCUACUGGAGAUGAAAAUGGAACUCCAUCACCCAAAAAGAGCCGCCGUGGCAGAAAGAGGAAGAUGCAGACUAGGAGGGACGAUGAUGAUGAUGACGACGACGAUGACACCGAGGGUGACCUGGAAGAAGCAGAAGAGGAGGACGACGACCUGCUGGCUGAGAUUGAGGUGGAGCAGGCCCCACCAGUUGUCCCUAUUCCAGCCCCUGUGGAGCCACCAGUCAAGAGGAAACGUGGUAGACCUCCAAAGAACAAGCCUAACAUGACUGCCAUCAUUCGUGUGGAGGAUGAAGUUACUGGAGAGGUGGAUGACAUCAUUGUAAAAAAGGAGGUGGGUGCCGAACAGGACGACCACGAGGAGGUGGUAGUUGGUGCAGGAGACGCAACCAUUCGGAUGGAGGAGUUGUCCCAGGAGGAGGGAACAGCGCAGGAGGAACAGCUUUCUGGGGCCCCACCUAAUGGAGACUUGACUCCUGAGAUGAUCCUCAGCAUGAUGGACCGGUGAUGGACGUGAGGGUCAAACCUGAUAAAUACAUACAGACCCAUGAUCACAUCUUAUUAAUUCUUGACAGUUAGGAUUAUGAACACUUGCGCACCCCAUUCAGAAACAAAGUUCACUGUUGUAAUUUAAGAUUUGAUUGUUAAUCAUGUAAUGAUGACUUGGAUGGGUGAGAACAAUUUUUAAAAAGGAUUUAACUACCAAAAAAGACAUUUAAUACAUUUACGUUUGAAGUGGCUGUAAUUGAUCGCAGUGUUUUCUUUUUUUGGUUAUACCCUUUAUGUUAAACUGGCAUAAAACUCUACAUUUACUGAAAUCCCAAACUAUGUUCUCCAGGUUGACUGUAGAUUCUUUUUGUUCCUGUCACUUUCUGACCCCACUUUUUAUUUUUAGUAUAAAUCUGGCAAAAAACAUUUAUUCUAAGGUGAAAAGUCACUUUCACAAUAUAGAAGUGUCAUUACCCUCAAUUACAGCCACUUCAAGAAAGAUGAAAUUUUUAUUUUUUUGUUUAUUUUUCUGUGGUCAGUAAAACCCUUUUUAAGCCUACUCUAGUUUUUAAAGCUUAAUAGACUGCUUAUAUUAUGCUCCCUUCUUGCUACUGUAACACCCCUAGAUGAUGUGUGUGUGUGUGUAAGGAAAGAGUGCAGGUUUAGGUUUUGUUUCUUUUUAACUCCCUUGUGUAGCCAUUCCACUUUGGGUUGAUGUUUUCCUUUUUUACCAUUGGCAGUGCAAUGCUACAUAGCAGCUUGAAUGACAUUUUAACUGUGUGGCAGACAAGAACAGAUGUUUGACUGUACAACCAAUAAAAAAAAACAAAAAAGUA